CCCGGCGCGGUGCGCAUGCGUGGUGCCCUUUGUGUCCCGGGCGGGCGAGCGGCGCGGGGCAGGCCGGGCUGCUGUGAGCGCCGCGCCGCCGCCCGGCGCCGGGGCGGGGAAGGGGUGGGGGGGAGAAAAGCCGGCUCCGCCAUGGUGAAGAAGCGGAAAGGCCGCGUCCUUAUCGACUCCGAUACUGAGGAUAGCGGUAGCGAGGAGAACCUAGAUCAGGAGCUCUUGUCAUUGGCCAAGCGGAAACGCAGUGACUCUGAAGAGAAGGAGGCACCUGUGAGCAAACCUACAGCAUCUUCAGACUCUGAGACGUCAGACAGUGAUGAUGAAUGGACUGUUGGAGGUUCUAAAAACAAAAAAAAGGGAAAAGCGGGUAAGGCAGAGAAGAAAGGAGCCAUGAGGAAACAGACCAACAAAGCUGCCUCUUCAGGCAGCUCGGAUAAAGACAGCUCUGCAGAGAGCUCAGCGCCCGAAGAGGGAGAAGUCUCUGACUCGGAAAGCAACAGCUCCUCCUCUAGCUCAGAUUCAGAUUCUUCAUCUGAAGAUGAGGAAUUCCACGAUGGCUAUGGAGAAGAUCUGAUGGGAGAUGAAGAAGACCGGGCUCGACUGGAACAAAUGACAGAAAAGGAGAGAGAGCAGGAGCUGUUUAACCGGAUAGAGAAGAGAGAAGUGCUAAAGAGAAGAUUUGAAAUCAAGAAGAAAUUAAAAACAGCAAAAAAGAAAGAAAAGAAAGAGAAAAAGAAAAAGCAAGAAGAGGAGCAGGAGAAGAAAAAACUCACACAAAUCCAGGAGUCCCAGGUCAUGUCACAUAACAAAGAGCGACGAUCAAAGCGCGAUGAGAAGCUAGAUAAAAAAUCUCAGGCAAUGGAGGAACUAAAAGCAGAAAGAGAGAAAAGGAAGAAUAGAACAGCUGAAUUGCUUGCGAAAAAACAGCCAUUAAAAACUAGUGAAGUAUACUCUGAUGAUGAAGAGGAGGAAGAGGAUGAUAAGUCUAGUGAGAAAAGUGACCGCUCAUCCAGAUCCUCAUCCUCUGAUGAAGAGGAAGAGAAAGAAGAAAUUCCUCCCAAGUCUCAGCCAGUGUCGUUGCCUGAAGAGCUGAACCGAGUGCGACUGUCCCGACACAAGCUGGAGCGCUGGUGUCACAUGCCCUUCUUUGCCAAGACCGUCACUGGCUGCUUUGUCCGUAUUGGCAUUGGAAAUCACAACAGCAAACCUGUUUAUCGGGUUGCUGAAAUAACUGGUGUAGUAGAAACUGCAAAGGUUUAUCAGCUUGGUGGUACCCGGACAAACAAAGGACUACAGUUGCGGCAUGGCAAUGAUUCACGUGUGUUUCGUUUGGAGUUCGUCUCAAAUCAGGAAUUUACUGAAAGUGAGUUUAUGAAGUGGAAGGAAGCGAUGUUCUCUGCUGGGAUGCAGCUACCCACUCUAGAUGAGAUAAACAAGAAGGAAGUGUCUAUCAAAGAAGCCCUCAAUUACAAGUUUAAUGACCAGGACAUUGAGGAGAUCGUGAAAGAGAAGGAAAGGUUCAGAAAAGCACCUCCAAAUUAUGCUAUGAAGAAAACUCAGCUAUUGAAGGAGAAGGCUAUGGCUGAGGACUUGGGGGACCAAGAUAAGGCCAAACAGAUUCAAGAUCAGCUUAAUGAACUCGAAGAGAGAGCAGAGGCCCUGGAUCGUCAACGAACAAAAAACAUUUCUGCAAUCAGUUACAUCAACCAGAGGAACAGAGAGUGGAAUAUCGUUGAGUCUGAGAAGGCUCUUGUGGCUGAAAGUCACAGCAUGAAAAACCAACAAAUGGACCCGUUUACUAGGCGGCAGUGCAAGCCCACAAUAGUGUCUAAUUCCAGAGAUCCUGCUGUCCAAGCUGCCAUCCUUGCCCAGCUAAAUGCAAAGUACGGGUCUGGUGUGUUGCCAGAUGCUCCAAAGGACAUGAGCAAGGGCCAAGGGAAGGAUAAAGAUGUGAACUCUAAAUCAGCCAGCGACCUCUCAGAAGAUCUUUUUAAAGUGCAUGACUUUGAUGUAAAGAUUGAUCUUCAGGUUCCCAGUUCAGAAUCUAAAGCACUGGCCAUCACCUCCAAGGCUCCACCAGCAAAAGAUGGUGCCCCUCGGCGAUCACUGAAUUUGGAGGACUACAAAAAGAGGCGGGGGCUUAUUUGAGCAUGCCCACUCUGCUGCUUCUAAUCCUGCAUGCUCCAUGACGAUGUCCUACCUUUUCUUCCUCCCUUUUCAGUUCUCCCUUCUGGGUUGGAGCAGCACUGGAGCUGGGAAGAGACUCUUUAAAACUGCCAGUCAUCUGUAACAUAAACCAUUCAACUAUUUACUGUAUAGACCUCCUUUCUUGCCCUUUCCUCCUGCCCCCCUCACAAAUGUGGAUCUGUGCUAUUUGGGGUUUUCCCAUUUCUUUUAGUUUGAGUUUUGUUUUUAUUUUGUUGAUGCAGCUCGUUGGUCCACUCUGUGUUCAGUAUUAGCCUGAGGUCUGGAUUUUAUAGGAAUCUCUGGGUGGUCACAGAGUCAGCACUUGGUGAUCUCCCCUUGCAUAUCGCCACAGGCACGGUGAUAAACGUUGGCACAAGACCUUUGUGGCUGGAAGGUCAUCGGCACUUUCUUCCUCCUCUUCUUCCUCCUCCUUCAUCCUAGCUUUGGAGAAGGGAAUCUUCAAAAACUGGCUUAGGUUCAAAGUGUAAAUUUUUUUGGGAGGGUUGUGUGACUUUUUUUCAGGUGUUUUUUAUCAUUUUUAAGCUGCAGUACUAUUUGUAUCAGUAUGUCACAGUUCUUUACGGCUGUUUUGAAUUUCUACCAGCUGUACUUGAGCAUCUGAAAUUGCAAGAAAGAAACUCAUUAAAUGUGAUUCUUCUUACUAAAACGGCUUGGCUGAUAUAGCUGUUUAACUUCAUGUUCCCUUUUGUACUUACACUUAAGUGAUGAGAGAGAGGUACACAGCUCUCGAUCUGAGACUUGCCAUCUGUAGCACAUCCAGAGUCUCCAGCUGUAACUGAGUGGAGUAGCUUUUGCUGGGAUGGCCCUGGGGUGCUCAUUGGUUGGGCUUUAAUUUCUUCUCCAAGACAUCUUUAAGUCACUGUGGGCUCCUGGGCUCCUGCUUACUUUGUUUCUUGCUUUGUGAACCAUCUAAACAGGGCUUCUAUAAACGAAAAAAACCCGUAAAAAUUCACUUUGUGUUGAAGGGGAAGGACACAGUAAGGACAUAACAGAAAGGUCAGCAGGUAAUGUAUGAGAGGUAGCAGAUGCACGUUUUUCAUAUAUGAACUGGUACAAGUGGAGUGUGACACUAGCACAAGAAUUCUAUGGCUUUGUGGAAUGUUUGACUGGACACAAGGUGACAUAAAUUAUCACUCAGGUGAAAAAAAAAUCCAAAUGUAAAUAUAAGUGAUGUUUAACAAAGAACUUUUCCAAACAAGAUUCAACUGAAUAUAUGGAGCUAAGAACUAAAUUAAAAGAGAAUUAAAAGUCUAAGAGGUUAGAGGCCCUCAUUCAGGUAAGCAUUUAAGCAUGUGUUUGUUCUUACUCAGGCCAGUAUGUAUGUAAUAGCUUUGGCACUAAACUGGGUAGGAAUGAUUCUGAGGGACCCUGAAGAGAGGAAAUGCUGAUGCUCUUCUUGUCAGAGCAUUACUGGUUUUCUGAAAUCAUACACUGGUUAUGUUCAAACCUGUGUUUGAUGCUUUCUUGUUGGAUUCUUAAUGAAACUUUAAUCUAGUUCUUAAUUUAACUUUCUCUUCCUUUUUAUAACAGUAGCUUUAAAGAAACAUCAUGUAAUUGUGUGCAGAUUGAUACCAUGAACUGUGUAUUAAAAAAAUCAACCUAUGAAGCAGCUCUUAUCUCCCAUAUAAACAAAUAGAAGCCCAUCAAUGCUUUAUUUACACAAUAGCCCACACUUCUAGGACACAAUGUGGGUUAUUCUGUAGAUUUGUAAUCCCAGGCUGCUUUAAUUUGAUGGCCUAUUUUAGCAGCUUCUCUGGAGUUGUAGUAGGCUCUCACACAUAUGUACUUUUAACUUUUUAAGAGUGGAUUUAUGGAAUCUACCUUGGUAACUUAAUAAGAGGCAUCGCAAUUCACCAUGUAGAUAUGCAUUUGAUAUGGUUUUGGGUUUUGUUAUCCUUUUCCAACAGCUUCUAUGAUGUUACAGGUUUGUAAUGAUAAUUAAAAGAAUCAUCUGAAUUUACUUUGCAACAGCCAGUUUUCAAAAUGAUCAUUCUCCAAUGCUUUGCAGAAACAAUUGCCAAAUCAAGCAAUUCAGGAAGUGAUUUUUCCAUAGAAAUGCCUCAGAGCUCUUGAGGCACAGUGACUAAUGGUCUCUAAAGAUAAAGUUAUCUCAGAGUCAGUAUUUGUAACGUGCUGGUCCUUGGUGUAAAAGUUACCUAAACCCAGUGAAUUUGGCAACAGAAGAGUAGUCUUUACUACAUCAGAAUGUUGACCAGACCCAGAGUGUCACAAGUAAUUUAUAGUGGCGAUAACUGAAAGAGAGGGAAUGAAGUCAAAUUAGAAUGCAGAUCUGAGUCAUGAACUAUGUCCUAGCUAUCUGCAACUACAAACCUGCCACUUACCCUCCCAAAGUCUCUGGAUUCUGCUGAAAUACUGGUUUUUAAGAGAGGCAGCAGUCAGUAAAUUAUCAUGCAAACCUCUUAUAUUGAGAAUAAUACAUGAAGAAAGUACUCUUGAAUAGUUACAGAACUGUGUAUGAAAGCUGUAACCUUUUUUCCUUUAAGUGCAUGUAAAGGUGAGUGACUACACCUCCUACUUGUUAGAGGGGGAGAGAUUUGUUUGCUUUGUUUCAUUGGUGUCCUAGCAUAGUUCAUCACAAUUGUACAGACUUCUAUAAAUAAACUUGGUUUGUUGGUUUAAUAA